CCUCAAACAAGUUUAUAACCUGUUGUUGAAGCUACAAGUGCAAUGCCUGUCACGUACUCGCGGGCUUCGGAUGCACCGAGUGAACGCCGCCUACACCACCGCCACCAAGGCCGCAAGUAUUCCCUGCAAGAAGGCGCGCGGGGCGGCACAGAGAGAACGGACCGGCCCGGGCCGACGGAGCGUGUCUCCACGGCCGAGGAGCUGCGCGAGGCGGAUGCUGAUGACCUCGCCAGCCACCGGACGGACGACCCGAAGGGCCUGCGUCGUCACCUGAUACACCAGGCUAAGGAUACAUCCACGGUGCACGUGGGGCGGCGGGAAGGAGGCGAUCGCCUCAACUCCCUGAUUAAUGAGAAGAAACUGUAUGACCAUAGUCCGCAUUCCGUAUUCGUUCAACUCGACGAACUGCUAGCCACCGGCGACGGCGACGCCGAGUGGAAGGAAACAGCCAGAUGGAUCAAAUACGAGGAGGACGUGGAAGAGAGCGCGGGCCGCUGGGGACAGCCCCACGUGGCUUCUCUGUCCUUCCACUCGCUCCUCAACCUGCGGAGGUGUCUGGAGACGGGCGUGGUGCUGCUGGACUUGGAGGAGCGGGAUCUGCCCGGCGUUGCCUACAGGGUGGUGGAGCGUAUGGUGGAGGACGGGCUUAUAGAGGAGGAUGACAAGCCUGUGGUGAUGAGGAGUCUGUUGCUGCGCCAUCGCCAUGUCCACGAUGACCGCUUCCGGUUCUCCAUCGGACGGAAGCAUGCUUCUUACACGAGCUUGCAGUCGAUCUGGAUGGAGGAGGGCGGGCGCGGAUCUUUCGGCGCCCGCGGGUCCCUAGGCGCCCGGGGGUCCCUGGGCGACCGAGGGUCCCUGGGUGCCGCGGCGCCCGCCCCGGCGCCCGCCGGACGACGCCACAGCUUGUUUCCACUCGGACUCGGCGCUAAAACCAACUUGGCAGACCCGCGCCGGCGCCGAAGCUCAUAUGCUAUACCAGUUGACAAGCCCAGUAUGCAUGAGCUGAAGAAGAAGGUGUCCACGGCCGGCUCCGAGAAGAUAGACCUUAAGGAAGUAGAGUAUGCCGUCGCUGGGUCACAGGAUGAACUGCGCCGUGGCCACAAUGAUGCCAUCCUGAAACGCAUCCCCGAAGACGCAGAAGCCACGACCGUCCUCGUAGGAGGCGUCGGCUUCCUCGACCAGCCCACCAUCGCCUUCGUCCGUCUCGCACAAGGCAUCCUCAUGCCCUCCAUCACAGAAGUCCCCAUCCCAGUCCGGUUCAUGUUCAUCCUUCUAGGCCCUGUGACUGCGGAACUAGACUACCAUGAAGUCGGUCGAUCCAUCUCAACUCUGAUGGCGAACCCUUCUUUCCACAACAUCGCCUAUAAGGCUGACGAUAGACGAGACCUACUGUCAGCCAUCAAUGAGUUCUUAGACGAUUCGAUCGUGCUGCCGCCUGGUGAUUGGGAGCGGCAGGCGCUCCUACCGCUGGAUGAGCUCCGUGCGAAGAGCGAGAUGAUUCGACGUCGCAAAGCCAACGCACUGGAGAAGAAGAGGGCUUCAGUAGCUGCUGGUGCUGGGGCUGUGACCAUUUCUGAGGAAAAACAAGCACUGCUGAGGAUGGAGACGGCUGGAUUGCCACCUAAGGAACCUGAGGGGCCCCUUGAGCGCACCGGACGACUCUUCGGAGGCGUGAUCCGCGACAUCAAACGGCGCUAUCCGUACUACAUCUCCGAUUUCACGGACGCGCUGAACGGGCAGUGUGUGGCCGCUACCAUAUUCAUGUACUUCGCUGCUGUGUCCUCCGCCAUUACGUUUGGGGGCCUGCUGGCUACUAAGACGGAUGGGAAUAUUGGGAUCUCUGAGACAUUGCUAUUCACUUGCUUCGGUGGCAUAAUCUUCGCCUUGCUAUCGGGGCAGCCGAUGAUGAUCACGGGAGCGACAGGCCCCCUUUUACUCCUGGAUGAAUCGCUCUUCAGCUUCUGCAAGUCUUACGGGUUCGACUUCUUAGCUGCCAGGAUGUACUGCGGACUGUGGAUGAUCGUGAUAGCACUACUGGUCGCUUCAGUUGAGGGCAGCGUUGCCGUCAAGAAGAUUACAAGGUUUACAGAAGACAUCUUCGCGUUCCUCAUCUCCUUGAUCUUCAUCGGCGAGCCCAUAACGAGUCUGAUCAACGUGUACCGAGCUCAUCCUCUGGGCAUUGAGUACGCCAUGUACGGGCAAAACAUCAGUACAGGGAAUAUCACUGUCGUCAACGGCACUGAAGCCGACAACGGCAUUGUGUGGGGUCCUCCUCUACUGCCGCCGCCGCCGGCGCCACAGCCUAACACAGCACUGUUCUGUACAAUUCUUACGUUGGCGACCUUCAUCAUCGCCUACUACCUGCGUAUCUUCCGUAACGGCAAAUUCCUUGGACGCAGCGCGCGACGUGCGUUAGGCGACUUCGGAGUCCCAAUCGCCAUAGUCCUAAUGGUGGGUCUGGCAUCUGUUGUUCCCGUCUACACUGACACAUUGCGUGUUCCCGAGGGUCUGCACCCUACGUCUCCGCGAACUUGGCUGGUGAUGCUGACUCCUGGCCUUGCGACAAUCCCAGCCUGGGCCGCGUUCGCUAUGGCGCUGCCCGCGCUCAUGGUCUACAUCAUCGUUUUUAUGGAGACGCAUAUCGCAGAGUUGAUUGUCGACAAACCCGAGCGUCGUCUGAAGAAAGGCAGCGGCUUCCACAUGGACAUCGUGAUCAUGUCGUUCGUGAACUGUAUUUGCGGCAUGUUCGGCGCGCCGUGGCAGUGCGUCGCGACUGUGCGUUCUGUGUCGCAUGUGUCCGCGCUCACUGUCAUGUCAACCACGCACGCGCCUGGUGACAAGCCGCAUAUCGUUGAGGUUAAAGAACAACGCCUGACUGGUCUACUGGUAGCCUUCAUCGUGGGUCUGUCGGUUUUGGCCUCCCGUCUCCUCACCCUCGUGCCGAUGGCUGUGUUGUUUGGGGUUUUCCUGUACAUGGGUAUCUCGGCGCUGGGAGGCAUACAGUUCUGGGACCGCUGUAUACUUAUGCUGAAGCCGGUGAAGCAUCACGCGCAAGUGCCCUACGUUAGAAGGGUACCAACGUGGAAGAUGCAUAUGUUCACGCUGGUGCAGCUGACCGGCAUCAUAGUCCUGUUCACGGUCAAGUCCUCGCGGUUCUCGCUGGCGCUGCCGUUCUUCCUGGUGAUGAUGGUGCCGUUGCGCAUGUCUCUGGCUUACUUGUUCACACCGCUCCAGCUCCGCGCGCUGGACGGAGUGCAGAAAGAGACAGACGAUGACGAACCGGAUUUCUACCAAGAGGCACCGUUGCCGUAA